AUGGAUAUACUUUUUAAUGCUGUAGGUGGCUUUGUUGUUGAGGUGGGAAAGUUUGUAUGUAAAUGCAUCUAUCCUAAGAUUGAAAAUAUUGUCCGUUUCUCGUCAAAAAUUGAAAAUCUAAAGGAGGAAAUGGAGAAGCUAACAAAGUUUAGAAAUGAUAUCAAAGGAAAGGUGGAAGAAGCUGAGGGAGAAGGCUAUAAACCAAAACUAGAUGUUAUCAAGUGGUUGGAAGAUGUUUGCGAGCUGCAGAAAGAAUGGGAAUCUAUGCAAGAUAGCAUUGCAACGGCUAAGACGCUUGCAUAUAAAUGUUGUCCAAAAUGCAGCCUUCGCUCGGAAGUCUCCACUCAAGCACAGAAGAUUCAAGAUCAACUUCACAGGCUUAUAGAGGUCGGAGAAAACUUUGGAUCCAAUUUGGUGGUAGAAAAUUAUCAGAUUAUAAAAGUUGAGUUCAUCCCGGGAACAUCAAUAGAAGGCCAGUCAGCAGCAACAAAAAAUCUCAACAAAAUCCUACGACUACUAGAAGAUGAUAAGGUAUGCAUCAUCGGUGUGUGGGGUACGGGAGGAGUUGGGAAAACAUCAUUGGUGAAUAAUCUGAACAACAAGCUCCGGAAGACGGAUGUGUCAAGUUUUAAACUGUCUUUUGGUGUUGUGAUAUGGGUUACAGUGCCCAAACCACCAAUAGACAUAAGAAACGUGCAAACACAAAUUGCAAGUAGAUUAAACCUAAAGGUAGAUAAGGAGGGAAAUGUAAAGAGCAAUGCCAGCAAAAUUUAUAAAAGACUCAAGCAAGAAAAAAGUUUCCUUCUCAUACUAGAUGAUGUUUGGGAAGCUAUAAAUUUGGAUGAUGUAGGUGUGCCCCAACCUGAACCUCCCGCUAGAAGCAAGGUCAUUAUAACUUCUCGUUCUUUGGCUGUUUGUAAGCAAAUGAAAAUAGACACCGAAAUGAAGGUUUACACAUUGGAUGAGGAUGAAUCUUGGCAACUGUUUGUCAAAAAUGCGGGAGAUGUUGCCAACCUGGUGGAUAUUCAACCAUUAGCAAAGGAAAUUACACGAGAGUGUGAUGGUUUACCAUUAGCAAUCACUGUUAUUGGAACAUCUAUGAGAGGGAAGACAAAGGUCGAGCUCUGGGAAGAUGCUUUGAAAUCACUUAGAAUGUCUGAACCUCAUAACAAAGAUGUUACAGAUAAGGUUUACGAGGUCAUCAAGUGGAGUUUUGAUUCUUUAGAAUCUCAGGAUAAUGAAUUAUACUCUAAGCAAAGAAGCAAACAUGUGAAGAAUAAGAGAGGUGACAUUCGAAGUUGUUUCUUGUAUUGCUCCUUAUAUCCAGCAGCUAUUUCAACAGAAGAUCUCAUAAAGUGUUGGUGGGCAGAGGGGUUCCUUGGUGUACAUGACACAUAUGAAGAAGCUUACAACAGGGGAAUCACAAUUAUUGAUAGUCUAAAAGAUGCUUGCUUGGUAGAAGAAGCCCAUAAGACGGAUUGUGUGAAGAUGCAUGAUGUGGUUCGUGAUGUUGCUAUAUGGAUAGAUAAUUCCUUCGGGUUAACUGACAUUUCACAUAUCGAAAUGUCAGCUUCUGUGAAGAGAAUAUCUCUCCUAAGCAAAGAAAUUCAAAGUCUACCUGAUAACUUCAGAGAAUGCCCAGAGACAACAAGUUUACUAUUGCAAGACAAUGAUCUCCUUAGCGAAAUUCCCCAUGAAUUCUUUUUGGCAUUUCCAGCCCUAAGAGUUCUGAACCUGAGUGAAACUGGUAUUAGAGAUAUGCCUUGUUCCAUCGAUACUUUGUGUCAACUACGUGCUCUAAUACUACGAAAUUGCUAUGACUUGAAAGAGUUACCACCUAUUGGUAACCUUUUCAAUUUGGAAUUGUUUGAUUGUGAUAAUACAAGGUUAUGUUGUCUGCCUCAAGGAAUGGAUAAGUUGACGAAUCUGAGGCUAUUAAAUCUGCCUGUAGAUUAUUUGGAGGAGAGCAUCAUCCAUGGAUUUUUCCUCAAAUUACCUAGAAUUGAAAUCUUAAAUAUGCUGCCGACUAAAACGAGAGAUGUAGAUUGGAUGAUGAGAAAGAAUAGAGUGACUCUUCUUGUACCAACAUCUUUUGAUGAGAUAUCCUCUCUACACAAUCUGACCAGUCUUUUCAUUAAUUUGGAUAACUCAUCAAUUCUCAUUAGAGACCACACCUGGAUGAAAAGAUUUCACAUUGAAAUUGGGGAAACUUCAAAGUCAAUACCAUUCAACAAGUCAAUAAAGAUGAUAAGCAUCUCCCAUUGUGAAACUUUCAGUAACGGAGAGCUCUCAGGCAUGUUACAUUUUGCUUCACAUUUGCACUUGUUAAAAUGUGGGGGUCUCAGGAAGUUGAUCGCGAACAACAGUUUUGAUAGAUUAAAAUCACUACACAUAGAGAGUUGUUCUUGUGAUUUCACACCAGCAGAAGAAGGAAAUGAACAGUUUGAUGAUCCUUUGCCAAAUCUGGAACAUCUCAGUCUCUUUUCUGUACAUAAUUUAAAGAGUGUCUCUGAUUUCGGUCAACUUCUGGGGCUAAGAUUUUAUGGAUUACGUCAAAUGGAAAUAUCCUCUUGUCGUAAUCUAACAUGUCUUUUUAUUGUUGGUGGAUAUUUUUCUGUACCUAAGCACUUGGAAGAAGUAUCAGUUGCCUUUUGUCAUCGGCUGACAGAGUUACUGGUGCAAUGGACACAUUUUAGCUCAGAAAUUCCGAGAGUCCGAAAGUUACGGUUGAAAGAAUUACCAAAAUUAAGAACACUGAGGGAGCCGUGGGAUCACAUAGAGGAACUUAAGCUUAUCAAUUGCUAUGAAAUAACGAAAUUGCCUUUCUCUAUUCAAACCUCCAAUAAGAUCAGGCUAAUAAAAGGAACAACAGAAUGGUGGAACCUACUGGAAUGGGAUGACAUCAACUUCAAGUCAAAUUUAGAGCAUUGUUUCCUAAAGAAGUAA